UACAAACUCUUGGACGGUUUUCCGAAUCACAUCAGUUCGAGUUCGAGCGUUGAUCGUAAAGGACGUGCACUGUCUUCACGUUCGGUUGUUAGAAAAAAACGGGUUUUAUAGUAGAGUACCUACCUAUAGUAUCUAGUAUCUGAGAGUUUCAUUCAGUUUUGUAUCUACCAAGAAUUUAGGGAGUGAUAGAUAUUUUUUUUUCAUUUUCCAUUCCUUCCUCAUUCAAUACAAAUUAUUUUUUUCAAUCUUUCCUGAACUUCGUCGUGAGUGAAAAAUUCAACUUCGAUUCAAAUGAAAAUUUAAACUAAACGAAAAACCAAAAGUGAAUAAAAAAGGAUGUAGGCAAAGUGUUAAGCGUUUAUCAAAAAAUAAAGAAGAAAAAAUAUUUUGGCAAAAAAUGUGUAAAAUUUUAAAAUUAGAUUUUUAAAAUUCAAAAUUUCCAAUUCCCAAAAAGAUACAGUGACCAAAUAAAAAAUGAAAGAAGUGUUAGAAAAAUGAGUUGUAAGCCUCAUCCUUGUGAAAAAGAAAAAAAUAGUAAAAUAAAGAAAAUUAAAUAAUUAAACAAACCUUCUUUUGCCAGGUUGUGUGUGUUUAAUUUAAGAUUUAUAAUUUAAUUUUUUGGAAUUAAAACACAAAAAAUAGUGAAAAUAAAAAAAAUGAUAAAAAUGGAAAAAUCCUAUCAAACGUUCGCGAUAAUUAUCGUCUUGUUAGGACUUCGUUGUGCUGCAAUCUUGGCCAACGAGGGCAGCAUGUACGCUUCGAUAACUGGCUCGCCAAUUCUGUCCGGUAAUCAUUGUUCCUGGGAGUACAACGGAACCACAUCGGUCACCUGCGAAUUGCGAACGAUCGAGCGGACUGGGUUGGAUCUGCAAGGUGCAGAUGGAGCCAACCAGCUGCUGAUUAAGUGCAGCGAAUUGUACCUGUUCGAAAGUCAGUUGCCUCAAAAUUCAUUUGCAAGGCUACAGACAUUGGAUGAGCUUAGGUUGGAGGCCUGCAAGCUCCUACAGUUGCCCAAUAAUGCAUUUGAGGGCUUGAGCGCUGUAAAGACUCUAGCAGUUAAUACGAAGAAUGCCGAUUGGGGACCAGGCAAGACCUUGGAGCUCUUUCCGGAUUCUCUGAUUGGCUUGAAGCAGCUUACAGAGCUGGACUUGAGCGAGAAUAACAUUCGAGCCUUGCCAGCUGGGUUCCUCUGCCCAGUUGGGAAUCUACAGGUUUUGAAUUUGACCAAGAAUCGCAUUCGAUCGGCUGAGAAUUUGGGAAUCACCGAUAUGAACUGCAAUGGUGGCAGUGAAUUGCAAAUUUUGGAUGCAAGCUUUAAUGAGUUGCGAUCAAUCUCGGAGAAUUGGGGCAUCUCGAGGUUGCGAAGACUACAGCAUCUCAACCUGCAACACAACAACAUCUCCGAGCUAUCUGGGGAAGCUUUGGCCGGACUAAGCUCCCUGAGAAUCGUGAACUUGAGCAACAACCACUUGGAAACGCUUCCUGAGGGGCUCUUCGCCGGCUCCAAGGAACUCCGUGAGAUCCACCUGCAAAACAAUGAGUUGUACGAAUUACCCAAAGGCUUGUUCCAUCGUUUGGAGCAGCUUCUGGUGGUGGAUCUGUCGGGCAACCAAUUGACGAGCAAUCAUGUAGACAAUACUACUUUUGCCGGAUUGAUUCGAUUGAUAGUCUUGAAUCUUGCCCACAACGCUUUGACACGAAUCGACUAUCGAACAUUUAAGGAGCUUUAUUUUUUGCAAAUUUUGAAUCUUCGAAAUAAUUCCAUUGGGCAUAUUGAAGAUAAUGCAUUCCUGCCCCUCUACAACCUGCACACUUUGAAUUUAGCCGAAAAUCGACUUCACACUCUGAACGACAAGCUUUUCAAUGGGCUCUAUGUGCUAUCGAAAUUGACUUUAAAUAACAACUUGAUAAGUGUUAUCGAACCUGGUGUCUUCAAGAAUUGCUCCGAUUUAAAAGAACUGGACUUGAGUUCGAAUCAAUUGAAUGAAGUUCCAAGUGCACUGCAGGAUUUGGCCAUGUUGCGAACUCUCGAUCUGGGUGAAAAUCAGAUACGAACUUUCGAUAACAACAGUUUCAUGAAUCUGCAUCAACUGACCGGCUUGAGAUUGAUAGACAACCAAAUCGGGAACAUCACAGUGGGCAUGUUUGCCGAUUUACCGCGUUUGAGUGUGCUUAAUUUGGCUAAGAAUCGCAUUCAAAGCAUUGAGAGGGGUUCCUUCGACAAGAACUUUGAACUGGAAGCCAUUCGGCUGGACAGGAACUUCCUCUCGGACAUAAAUGGUGUCUUCGCGACUCUGGUGUCCCUACUCUGGCUAAAUCUGUCAGAGAACCAUUUGGUGUGGUUCGAUUAUGCUUUCAUCCCGAGCAACUUGAAAUGGUUGGAUGUGCAUGGAAAUUACAUCGAAGCCUUGGGCAACUACUACAAACUCCAGGAGGAGAUUCGAGUGAAAACCCUCGAUGCAAGUCAUAAUCGCAUCACAGAAAUCGGUCCGAUGUCGGUGCCGAACACAAUCGAGUUGGUCUUUAUCAACAAUAAUCUGAUUAGCAAUGUGCAGCCGAACACUUUUGUCGACAAAACAAACCUCGCCCGCGUGGAUCUCUAUGCGAAUGCCCUGAAUAAGCUGCAAUUGCAAACUCUGCGUGUAGCCCCAGUUCCACCAACGAAACCGCUGCCCGAGUUCUAUUUGGGAGGCAAUCCCUUUGAAUGUGACUGCUCCAUGGAUUGGCUGCAGCGAAUCAACAAUAUGACCACCCGCCAGCAUCCGAGGGUAAUGGAUUUGCCCAACAUCGAGUGCAUCAUGCCGCAUGCUCGUGGGGCGCCAGUUCGUCCAUUGGCCACCCUCGAUCAGACCGACUUUUUGUGUAAGUACGAAUCACAUUGUUUUGCUUUGUGCCAUUGUUGCGAUCUGGAUGCGUGUGUUUGUGAGAUGACAUGUCCGAACAACUGCACUUGUUAUCAUGACCAAAUUUGGGCACAAAACGUAGUCGAUUGCGGUGGCAUGAGAAGCGUGGAGCUGCCCAAUCGUGUCCCCAUGGAUUCGAGUAUUGUGUACUUCGAUGGAAAUAAUUUCCCCAUUCUCGAGACUCACUCAUUCUUGGGUCGGCGAAAUCUGAAGCAACUUUUUGUCAAUGGCAGCCAAGUGAUUGGCAUCCAGAAUCGCACAUUCGAGGGGCUAAUUAAUCUACAGAUUCUCCAUUUGGAGGACAAUAAAUUGGAAAUUUUGUUCGGGUUCGAGUUUGAGCCUCUAACCAAACUAAAAGAGCUCUAUCUUCAGAAUAAUCUGCUGACUCACAUUGAUAAUACAACUUUGGCUCCACUUACUUCGCUGCAGGUUCUGAGGAUUGAUGGAAAUCGCCUCGUAACGAUUCCCAUCUGGCAAUUACAACUGCCUCAAUUCAAGCAAAUGAAAGCCUUGACACUUGGUCGAAAUCAGUGGACCUGUCGGUGUAAGUUCCUUCAAGAGAUGACCGUCUACGUUGCCGAUAACGCUGUCAUCGUCCAAGAUUCUCAGGACAUCUUCUGCGUUGCAGAGGGUGGCAUCAAACGUGAACUGGACUUCAAUGCGACAUCAGCCUGCACAGACUACUUUGCCGGAGGUUCGAUGCUCCAAAACGGUAUUCCAAAACCAUACAUUCCACUUCUGGCUGCUGCCCUGGCUUUGAUAUUCCUUCUGGUGGUGGUGAUUGUGAUUUUUGUUUUCCGAGAGUCCCUCAGAAUUUGGCUCUUCUCCCAUUAUGGAGUUCGAGUGUUUGGACCUCGAUGUGAAGAAUCAGAAAAAUUGUACGAUGCUGUGCUGCUUCACUCAGCCAAAGACUCAGAAUUUGUUGCAACACAUCUAGUCUCUGAGCUGGAGACUGGUCGUCCACCUUUACGAGUCUGCCUGCAACAUCGCGAUCUUACCCACGAUGCCACUCACUAUCAGCUCCUGGAGGCGACCAGAGUCUCGAGACGAGUCGUAAUCCUGCUAUCAAGAAAUUUUCUUCAAACCGAGUGGUCGAGAUGUGAACUGCGACGUGCCAUACACGACGGUCUGCGUGGAAGACCCCACAAACUUGUCAUAAUCGAGGAACCAGAAGUCCUCUUCGAAGCAGAAUCCGACAUUGAACUUCUACCGUAUCUGAAGACCACAGCAGUCCAUCGGAUUCGACGAAGUGAUCGCCAUUUCUGGGAGAAACUACGCUAUGCUCUGCCAGUUGAAUUUCCCUACCGCGGCAACAACUACACCCUCGACCACAACCACGAACGGAUCAAACAGCCUGCCAGUCCUGGCAUCCUCUAUCGCCAGGCACCACCACCAGCCUAUUGUCCCGAUGGCGAGGAUCCCAAUUAUUCCUCUGCAACAACUGCAACCCCCAGUCCCCGUCCAAGUCGACGAGGGGCGCCAGGUGAAUUAUCCUCACACGCCAACACUCUCCACCACCCACACGCCCUCUACCAGCAACAUCAAAAUCAGGCCUACAGCGGUCGUCCACCAUCCGAGCACAUCUAUUCGAGCAUCGAUUCCGAUUACUCAACGCUCGACAAUGAGAACAUGAUGAUGAUGCCCCCACCAUCGCCACCACAUCCCACUGCCAAUAGCCUCCACCGGGUGAUGCAACAGCAGCAGCAAAUCCACCAUCAGCCACAGGCUCAAACAUGGCGACCCCAACAACAGGCGCCACAGCAUCAUCACCACAAACAGUCAUCGGGCAGUAGCUCCAGUUCCACAAUGCCCCAUCAGCAACAACAGCAGCAGCAACAGCAACAACAACAACAGCAAUUGCAACAGCCCCAACAACAGCAGCAGCAAAUCCAACAACCAGGACAACAGCAAGGUCAGCAUGUGCAGGCGUAUUUGGUAUAGGCUAUCGCUGCCAUGGAAAACUAUCAUCAUCAGCGACAAACCACUUCCACCGCUGGACGCGUGGCAUUCAACAAUUUUAAACAAAACAGCUAAAAGUAGCGUUAAUCCCAGCAUCAGCAGCAUUAGCAUCAGGAGCGCAGUCAUUAUGCAUAUAUAUAGAAUAUAUAUGAGUAGUUGCAGUUUAGCAGCACAUACCUAUAUACCGUUACAAGAAAAUAAAAUCACACACUUUCGCUAUCUCUCUAUCUUCAUUAUGCUCUGUCGUGUGCAAAAAAAAAGAUGAAAAACCUAAAAGAAAAAUCCAACAAAAACACGUAUGUAUGUAAAUAGCUUUUUCUAUUCAAUGUAAGUUGUGUAUAUUUAGUAAGAAACUAAAAACAAAAAAAUAUUUAGUAUUUAAGAAAAUUUUCUAUUUAAAACAAAAAAGUAUUUUUUUCCUUAUCGAUUUUCGAAUUGGAAAUGAGAUAUUUUUAAAAAAAAAAGGACACACAAAUUCCCAGUGAUUAAUUUAAUUUGUUUAAGUUCUUUAAAAAAUUAAUAAAAGAAAAACAUAAAAAUAGGACAAUUGUAUAAAACUCACAUGAAAAAAAAACUAAAAGGGGAGGAAAAACACGAGAAAUGGGAUAAACAAAAGAAAAUUAAUUUAAUUAAUUCCUUGUAAAAAAAACUUCCAUUUUCAUAAAAUCACAUUCAGUUGUAGUUUCCACUAAAUUCACAUGAAAUCAAAUUUCAAAUUAUCUUCGUGCGAAAAGUUUGUUUCCUUCGAAUGACAUUACCUCGUAAUUAUAUUAUAUUUAUUUAUUUAUUUUUAUUUUAUCUCUAAUCAAAAAUAAAACCUUCUUCCUGAGCAAGGUAUGGAAAGAUACUUUUACCUGCAGUUUACACAUUUAUCUUUAUGUUAAGCGAAGUGAAUAAUUUUUAAUUACAUAAACUUCAAUGUAAAAAAAAAUGUUUCAAAAGUGUAAAAGCUUUCGCACUUGAAAACACAUUUGAGCGUAUUAUUUGACUGAAUUUCUAAUUAGGUUGUUUGACAUUGAACUUUACUUUUAAAGAAAGGUUUAUAAAAUAAAUUAGCAAAAAGAUAUAGGUAAAGACUUUUUGGUAUAAAGGUAAUAGCUGUCAAGAAAAAGAAAUGAGAGGAAAUUUUUAGAUGCGAAAAAAAAACAAAAAUUGUGGAAAUUUCAAAUUUAACUCAUUUCGACUUUAUCUUUUGAUUUUUCUCUAACUUUUUCUCAAGGCUGAUGUAGGAAAACGAAAUUAAGUUAACAUUUUAAGUUGACGUCAGAACUUAUUUAUCUCAAAUUCUUUUGAUGUAAAUUGAAGUAGAAUGUUAAAAAAAGAAACAAAUGUAGAAAAAUAAGACAAUUGGAUUUUAAGAUCUUAAAUUUCUUUUUUAAAGUGAUGAUGUUUUUCUCAAACUUAGACUUUUUGCAUUUAUAUUUCUGUGGCUAAAUAAUACAAAAUAAAUAAUUUCAACUAUCUGGAAAAUUGAUCUCAAAAACUUGAACAAAAAUGCUUAAAUAAUUUUAAAAAUUGAAUAUAGUCAAGCUUUGAAUUGCAAAACAAAGCAAAGAUCAAAAACAAGAGAAACAGGAAGAAGAAAUAAAUUAGACUUCCAAAGAAUAGCCGUUCAUUGCCAACUUAAACCAUUUUGUUUUAAUAAUCCUGCCUUUUGUGUCGUUCAUCAUUAAAUGACAUAUUUUUACAUAAGAUGUGGAUUUUUGCUACUAGAGCUACAAUCCGUUCCAUUAUCUUCGACAUAAUUUCAGUCUAUAACUUUGUUGUAAAUGAUUACAUAUUACAAACUAUUGCCAAUUACAUGCUAUUUCAUAUUUCCUCCUUAUACAUUAAAGUUCAAAAUGCCUUUGAUUUCCUUGAAACUCUUAAAGUUCCACAUUAUUGAAACAGAUGUCCUUUACUUAAUUCCCCAGCACACACUAACAAAAAUACCCACCUACCUUUAAUCCUUGCAAACACAAAAAUUCCCAGCCCACUUGUGACACGUUGACUGACGCAUUCAGUUUAAGAAGAAGCUUAUUCCCUUUAAUCUUAAAUUUACAAAAGAAAACUUAACUCAGAGGUACAUAAGUAUGUAUGUUCGGUUCGUACCACCCACCCUCAAGAACAACAACACUUAAAUAAAUAAAACUUCCCUUUUUGCUCUUAUAUCUUUUAUAUUUCUUUUUUUUUUUUGCUUGAAAUUAAAUUAAAGGCAUUGAAAUUGUAUAUUCCUAUGACUUUGAAGAAGUUUCAUCAAAUUGCAUUAUUUGUACAUUCUCUUAUAUACACAGGUCCUUCUUUUCUCUUUAUACGAGUAUAUCCUUUCUGUACUUAUAAAGAUACAGAAAUAGGAAGCAUGAGUUGAGUAUUAAAUUUAUGUAAUACAAUGUAUGUAUAGUGAAGAAGAGAUGUUGUAGGUGGGUUACUUUUCCAAAUUGCAUCGAUCGAUAAAUUAUUUUGAAAAUACAUAUCUACAUAAUAUAGAACACUCAAAUACACGUACAAAGUAGUAUAUUGUAUAUUUAUAUGUAUAAAUAUAGAUUUCAAUGCACACAAUAGAUGAAAUAAUGUUCAAUGACAUAUAAAAGUCCUUGUGAAUUGUUCUUGUUUAUAUUGCAUUUUGAAAAUUCCUUUAAGAUAUAUAAAUUCAAAAUCAAUAAAACAGACGAACACGACGACGACGACACGACUUCAAGAGACGAAAAGAGUGAAAAAGGAGUUUUUUCUAUUAUUUUGUGACGACAAAAUUGCAAUCGUCAUGCUACUAU